AUGGCUGAGUCAGAGGUCAUCAUGAAGUAUUGCGAUCAAAUGAAGUGCGCUGAAUCUUCUCUCCUCAGCGCCUGUGGUGACGGAGGCUUCAAGCGUGCACUAUAUUUGGCCUCUUCUUUGGCUCUCCCCCGCCACAAAUUGCUCUUCUCGCCAGAUGUGACCAAAGCCGACGCUGGUUCCCUCAAAGCCGCCUUAUCAAAGCUUAACGAAGCCAUUAAAGGCCCCUACCUCAUGGGUCUGUCCGUUCAACCCUGUCUCUACUGGAUUCUCAUAACGGUCUAA